AUGGAAGAAAAAACACAAGGAUGGCUUAUGAAAGAAGGUGGAAGUUGGAAGUCUUGGAAAAAAAGAUAUUUUGAAUUAGACAAUGAUACAUUAUCAUAUUACAAAGAACAAGAUAAAAAAACAUUAAUGGGCAUAAUUAAUUUAUCUCUUGCCACACAUAUUAUAGCAGUUGAUAAUUAUCAUAAGAAGUAUGAAAAUAUAAUUCGUAUUUGUACACCAUCAAGAACAUUUCAUUUAAGUGCAGCAAAUGAAGAAGAUAGAUUAUUAUGGUUAACAUCUAUUAUUUGUCAUUCUCAACAAUCAAAUAUUUAUAAAUCUAAAAUAACUAAAGAAACAGUAACACAAAAGGAUUUUGAUGUUAAAUGUUUAUUAGGUAAAGGAGCUUAUGGAAAAGUAUUUUUAGUUGAAAUGAUUUCUACUCAUGAAAUAUUUGCAAUGAAAACUAUUGAAAAGAAACAAAUUAUUGAAUAUGAAGAAAUUGAACACACUAUGUCUGAAAGACGUAUUCUCUCUAAAUUACGUCACCCUUUCUUAGUAAAUUUAUAUUACUCAUUCCAAACUCCAACUCAUUUAUUUUAUAUUAUUGAUUAUUGCCCUGGAGGUGAAUUUUAUUAUUAUUUACAAAAGAAUGGAAAAGUUAGUGAAGAAGAUGCUAAAUUUUAUGCGGCUCAAAUUUUACUUGCAAUAGAACAUCUUCAUUCUUCAAAUAUUGUUUAUCGUGAUAUUAAACCAGAAAAUAUUUUAAUUGGUGCUGAUGGUUAUCUUCGUUUAACUGAUUUUGGACUUUCUAAAGAAAAUGUUACAAAAGAAAAUACUACAAAUACAUUUUGUGGUACACCAGAAUAUCUUGCUCCAGAAGUUGUUAUUGGUAAAGAUUAUUCAGAACCUGUAGAUUGGUGGGGAUUUGGUAUUUUAAUUUAUGAAAUGAUUCAUGGACAUGCUCCAUUUACUUCAGAAGAUAUUCAACAAUUAUUCCAAAAGAUUAUUCAUGACCCUGUCAUCUUUCCAAAUGUUUCUUAUCCUACUGCUGAUUGUAAACGUUGCAUUCAAGAUUUAUUAGUUAAAGAUCCAGAAAAACGUUUAACAAAUCCAAAUAACAUUAAAUCACAUCCUUGGUUUAAAGGAUUUGAUUGGGAAGGAUUAUUCCAAAAGAAAUUAUCUCCUCCUUUUGUUCCUGUUUUAAAAGAUAAAACUGAUACAUCUAAUUUUAAUGAAGAUAUUAUUAAUGAAACAGCUAAAAUUGAUGAAGGAGAAGUUGUUGAUUCUAAAGAUUACUUCAAUGACUUUACUUAUUGCAAAUAA